UCCGAGAACAAAGGGAAUUUGAAUCCGUUGAACAGUAUGUCUUCGAACUGAAUAAGAUGGCCGCCAAAUGUGAGUUCAAAGAUCUUUGUAACGACCUUGUCAAGGACCGUUUGAUUUGUGGAAUCCAUGAUAAUUCAUUACGGGAACGUUUGCUUAGAGAGAGUGACUUAACGCUGAAAAAGGCGUUAGAUAUUUGCCAGCUAGCCGAACUAUCAAGGGUGCAAGCUACGAAUAUAAAUACCGAGGUUUCAGCGCAUCACGUGAACGAGAUAAAUAAUAAAUGUUGCGGCAAUUGCACAGGCAAUAGUGCAGGAAAUACGGAAUCGGUGGAUUGGAUGCAGCAGGGAGUACGUGAGCGUCGCAGGCGCGGGCGCGGGCGCGGGCGGGCGCGAGGCAGGGCGCGAGGGCGCGGGCACGGAGACCCGGCACCCGCCGCCGCCUCGGCCGCCGCCCCAUCGCCGCCGCCGCCGCCUCCUGCGCGAUCCUCGCGUGUGUGUUACAAGUGCGGUAUGAGUCAUAACAUGUACCAGUGUCCCGCGUAUGGUGCAAAGUGCAAUAAGUGCAACCGUUAUAAUCAUUAUGCGAAAAUGUGCCAAGUAUUGUAUGAAAUCGAUGGGAAUUCAUCCGAUCAGGACGGUGAGGCCUCCUGAGCGAUACGGAUUUUCAACGCCACAACUGCACACUUGAAAUACCUACCAAUGUAGUUAAGAAAUCUAUACAUUAUAAUAAAUAAUAAAAAUAAAAAAUAUGUACAUAUUACAUAACAUAAUAUGAUAUUUAGAUGAAUGAAUGUCAUUGUAUUGUAAUUUACCUACUUAAUUUAUUGAUGAAACAAUUUUUUUUAAAUUAUUAAUUCAUAAUUAUGAUUCGUAAUUUUGUGCA